AUGUGGCGUCGAUUCGGUCUGCUUUGCGCUGUUCUUGGCGCCACUGCUUUCGCCGAUGGCAACAGUGAUUGGCACAUGACCCCCGUCAAGAUCAUCCAGGCCCGCGUUCAAGGAGACCCACCAGUUUGGCAUCCGGAGGCGAAUCUGUGGCUGUCCAAAUACGGUGACACCACGGAGGCCGCCUACGUUAACAACCUUGACACAGUCAAUACGGCGUCCGUCGAGGGGGCUCUGAUGUACGUGCAGGCUGAAGGUAUCAACGUGAACGAGCAGUCGGUCAAGUGCCAGCGCAAGAAUAACAUGCAGUAUGUAGUGUUCUACGAAAUGACUAUCGUCCAACCGACCUAUAGCAUCAAGUACUACGAAAACCACUCGCUCCCGGAGUACGGUGAAUUUGUGGCCAUGGAUGGUGCCAAGUGCACGAACGCCGGCGAUGAUCUGCCGAAGAGCUGCAAAGUUUACUAUGGCCUAGAUGGUACCAUGGACAUUGGUCCGAAUGUUGGUUGCAACCCGCAGGGCUCAGAUCCGCGCGCUCCCUACCCUGACAACUACUGGUGCUCAUUCCCGAACUCAUGCGCUCAAAAAUACCGCGCGGAGAAGACUGCUGAGUGCUGGAACCAGUACAACGGUGGGCUGUGCUCCAUGGGUGUCCAACCUGAUGGUGAAACCUGCACGUACAGCUACAAGAUUUUGGGCUACCUGAAUAUCGACGACCUGGUUGGCAUCACUAAAAUGGGUCACAGCAACUACCAACAGUUCUGUGAGAGCGGCGGCAUUGAAUUCAAGGCGAGGAACACUGGCCAUGGCUUUGAGGUAGAGCAAUGCAUCGACUUCUGGAAAAACCCUGGUGACCAGGCGGCCAACGCCAACCGUGCCGCGCAAAUGGUAGCCAUGUACAACCAGAUGGCCGGCAACGGCACAAGUACCAACAUGACGCCGUUGCCGUCGGUGGAGACUUUGACUGCUGCCAAUCCCAAAUGCUACCAGAACAGUGCGACGUGCGCGCACGCUCAGUUCGGCUGCAGUCGCUCGCUGUACUCUCAGGUCUGUCAGAUGUGUUCGUCUCAAGGAGCUGGAUGCGAUGCUGCGCCUGCAGACUUUUCGUUCCCCACUCUGUCGCUGCCCCCUGGAUCUAUGUAG